GCUGCGAGGAAACCACCGCUUCUUGCAAAUACCCCCCAAUUGAACCUCCACACAAGAGAAGCAGCCCCUCCUUCUCUGCUCUCCAUCCUCCCGUAUUCAAACUCUUGCCACAUCAUAGAACGACCCUCCUUUUCCUUUUCAGACGGCCAUAGAAAGACUUUGUUGGCAAGGAGACGACGCCGCCGCUGCUUUUUGCAGCUUCAAUUUUCUGCUUUACUUCGCUCCUGCUCUUCGCUGAGUAAACGGAGUUGAAAAUCUAGAAUCUCCCUAAUAACCUGACAUCAACCUCCCAACAUGUACGGAACAUCCACAGGCCCCCAGACGGGCGUCUCUACACCUCGAUCCUCCGCAUCUCUGCGACCUCUUGUUCUUACCCACGGCUCACUCGAGCACUCCUUCUUAAUACCGACAAACCUCCAUUUCCACGCCGCCCAAAUCAAAGACCGCUUCCUAGCGUCACUCCCCGCCCCAACAGACGAACUAGCACAAGACGACGAGCCGUCGUCUGUGGCAGAGCUUGUUGCGCGAUACCUCGGGUUUGUUGCGCAAGAUGUUGAUGAGGGUGAGGACGAUGCGCAGGGCUCAUACGAAGAGGUGCUGAAACUUGUGUUGAACGAGUUUGAGCGAGCAUUUUUAAGAGGCAAUGAGGUCCAUGCCAUAACUGCAACUCUUCCUGGAAUCGAUGCCAAAAAGCUCGAGGUCGUCAGAGCAUACUACGCCGCUCGUGCUGCCACAAGCCGAGCAAUCAAACGCCAUGAGUCCGCGCUAUUCCGAGCAGUUGGCGACGAGUUCGCCAAGGUCUACAGUGUCUUUGGCGGGCAGGGAAACAUCGAGGAGUAUUUCGAGGAACUACGAGAACUUUACACGACAUAUCCGUCAUUCGUCGAAGAAUUGGUCGUCUCUGCCGCGGAACUGUUGCAGAAUCUCUCCAGGGACCCAAGAGCGGAAAAGCUCUACUCGAAAGGCCUGGAUGUGAUGGCAUGGCUCCACGAUCCUGAAGCUACUCCAGAUGUUGAUUAUAUGGUUUCUGCGCCGGUCAGCUUCCCAUUGAUUGGGCUUGUGCAGCUUGCACAUUACACGGUCACCUGCAAAGUCCUAGGCCUUACACCAGGUCAGUUCAGAGAAAAAAUCAGCGGGACCACUGGCCAUUCCCAAGGUAUCGUUCUUGCCGCUGCCACCUCGGCCGCAGAUUCGUGGGAGUCAUUUGACGAAAUUGCGAUUUCUUCACUUACCAUACUCUUCUGGAUUGGAUCCCGCAGUCAACAAACCUACCCAAGAACCUCACUUGCACCCUCAAUUUUGCAAGAUUCAGUCGACCACGGCGAAGGUACCCCAACGCCCAUGUUGAGCAUCCGAGACCUGUCUCGAGCACAAGUCCAGGAGCACAUUGAUGCAACAAAUCAAUAUCUGCCAGAAGACAGACACAUCGCCAUAUCCUUGGUGAACAGCGCUCGAAAUAUGGUUGUCACCGGUCCACCCAUCUCUCUGUACGGUCUUAAUCUUCAGCUCCGAAAAGUGAAGGCUCCCACAGGUCUUGAUCAGACCCGUAUUCCUUUCACUGAACGAAAGGUCCGAUUUUCCAGCAGAUUUCUCCCAAUCACAUCCCCCUUCCACAGCAAAUACUUGUCCGAUGCCACCUCACAUAUUGAUGAGGAUCUCAAAGACAUCAAAAUCAAUAGCAAACUACUAGGAAUACCUGUAUAUGAUACAAACACUGGCAAAGACCUUCGAGAUGAGGUCAACGGUGAUAUCGUGCCAACCCUGGUGCGCUUGAUCACACACGACCCAGUCAACUGGGAGAAAGCUACUGUCUUCCCCAACGCCACCCAUGUCCUUGACUUUGGUCCUGGUGGGAUUUCUGGCCUUGGUGUUUUGACCAGUCGCAACAAGGAUGGAACCGGCGUUCGAGUUAUCUUGGCGGGUGCCAUCGACGGGACGAUACCCGAAGUUGGCUACAAGCCCGAACUUUUCGAUCGCGACGAGGAGCACGCCGUGAAAUACGCCAUCGAUUGGGUUAAGGAACAUGGCCCACGUCUCAUCAAGACAUCGACUGGUCAGACUUACGUCGAUACCAAGAUGAGCCGACUUUUGGGUGUCCCUCCAGUUAUGGUCGCCGGUAUGACACCAUGUACCGUGCCCUGGGAUUUCGUGGCAGCGACUAUGAACGCCGGCUAUCAAAUUGAAUUGGCGGGUGGUGGUUACUAUAAUGCCAGGACCAUGACUGAGGCCCUGAGAAAGAUUGAGAAUGCCAUCCCUCCCGGACGUGGUAUCACCGUCAACCUCAUUUAUGUCAACCCACGUGCUAUGCAAUGGCAAAUUCCCCUUCUCGGCCAAUUGCGUGCGGAGGGUGUUCCGAUUGAAGGCCUCACUAUUGGAGCCGGUGUGCCAUCUAUCGAGGUCGCUCAAGAAUAUAUUGAAACCCUCGGUCUGAAACAUAUCUCCUUCAAGCCAGGAUCCGUGGACGCGAUUCAAGCUGUGAUCAACAUUGCAAAGGCAAACCCUACCUUCCCAGUCAUCCUUCAAUGGACCGGGGGUCGUGGCGGUGGCCAUCACUCAUUCGAAGAUUUCCAUCAACCUAUCCUUCAAAUGUAUGGUCGCAUCCGGAGAAGCGAGAAUAUCGUUCUCGUUGCCGGUAGUGGUUUCGGUGGUGCCGAAGAUACUUACCCCUACCUCACCGGUGCCUGGUCUGCCAAGUAUGGAUAUCCUCCAAUGCCUUUUGAUGGUUGUCUUUUCGGCAGCCGUAUGAUGACUGCCAAAGAAGCGCACACUAGCAAGAAUGCCAAAAAGGCCAUCACAGAGGCGGAGGGCCUCGAUGACUCCCACUGGGAGAAGACCUACAAAGGACCUGCGGGCGGUGUUAUCACCGUCCGAUCGGAGAUGGGCGAGCCAAUCCAUAAGCUUGCAACUCGAGGUGUCAAAUUUUGGGCGGAGAUGGACGCUAAGAUCUUCAGCUUGCCGAAAGAGAAGCGUGUGCCAGAACUGAAGAAGAACCGGGAAUAUAUCAUCAAGAAGCUCAACGAUGAUUUCCAGAAGGUUUGGUUCGGACGCAAUAAGGCUGGUGAGACCGUUGACCUCGAGGAUAUGACUUAUGGCGAAGUUGUGCGUCGAAUGGUGGACUUGAUGUUUGUCAAACACGAAUCUCGCUGGAUCGAUAAAUCCUACGAAAAACUCACUGGAGAUUUCAUUCGCCGUGUCGAAGAACGUUUCACACCAAGCCAAGGAAAGCCGUCCUUGCUUCAAAGUUACUCCGAACUCGCCGACCCGUACCCAACUGUCGAGAGAAUCCUGGCCGCGUAUCCAGAAGCCGAGACGCAGCUGAUCAAUGCCCAAGAUGUCCAGCACUUCCUCCUUCUCUGCCAACGCCGGGGUCAAAAGCCAACAACCUUCGUCCCAGCUCUUGAUGACAACUUUGAAUUCUACUUCAAGAAGGAUUCGUUGUGGCAGUCUGAGGAUCUGGAAGCUGUCAUUGACCAGGAUGUUGGGAGAACCUGUAUCUUGCAGGGCCCCACCGCAGUCAAAUACUCCAAGGUUGUGGACGAGCCCAUCAAGGAUAUUCUGGACGGCAUUCACCACGCUCAUAUCAAAGGCCUCGUCCAGGAUGUCUAUGGUGGACAAGAAUCUACUAUCCCCAUCACCGAGUACUUUGGCGGUAUCCUCAUUGACACAGAGCCGGAACUGGAUGUUGAGGGUCUUACCAUUUCCCAAGACACCCACAAGACUACCUAUCGUCUUUCGUCAUCCGCUACAGCUGCUCUGCCGUCUCUCGAGUCAUGGCUAACUCUCUUGGCCGGUGGCAAGCGGUCAUGGAGGCAUGCACUUUUCACCUCUGAGGUGUUCGUGCAGGGUCAAAAGUUCCAGACGAACCCAAUAAAGCGAAUUUUUGCCCCAGUCCGCGGCCUCUUCGUCGAAAUUCUCCAUCCUAAUGAGCCUUCAAAGACUGUCAUCACCGUCAAGGAACAACCAAGACCUAAUCACUACGUUCAAGUAAUCGAUGUCAAACUCACAAACAAGAACAAGAUCUUGAUCAACAUGAUCAAAGAUACCACAGCUCUCGGAAAGCCAGUCCCCCUUCCACUUGUCUUCACCUACCAUCCCGAGACCGGAUAUGCGCCCAUUCGGGAAGUGAUGGAAGGCCGAAACGACCGCAUCAAAGAGUUCUACUGGCGUGCGUGGUUUGGCAAUGAACCGCUUAAUCUCGACGCUCCAGUCACCGGAACUUUCGACGGUGGCAAGGCUAAGAUUACUGCGGAAGCAAUCAACGAUUUCAUUCACGCUGUCGGCAAUACCGGUGAGGCGUUCGUUGACAGACCAGGGAAGGAGGUCUUUGCUCCCAUGGACUUUGCCAUUGUCGUUGGCUGGAAAGCCAUCACGAAGCCAAUAUUCCCAAGAACCAUUGACGGCGACCUUCUCAGGCUUGUUCAUCUUUCGAAUGGCUUCCGCAUGCUACCUGGGGCGGAGCCAUUGAAGAAAGGUGACGAGGUUGAAGCCACCGCUCAGAUCAACGCCGUCAUCAACCAGGAUUCGGGCAAGAUGGUCGAGGUCUGCGGAACAAUUACUCGCGAAGGCAAGCCGGUUAUGGAAGUGACAUCUCAGUUUCUGUAUCGCGGUUCUUACACUGAUUUCGAGAACACUUUCCAGCGCAAGCAGGAAACUCCAAUGCAAAUCCAUCUCGCGACCUCGAAAGAUGUUGCUGUCCUGAGAUCGAAGGAAUGGUUCAGCCUCGAUGAGCCGGACCAAGAACUUCUUGGUCAGACAUUAACUUUCCGCCUUCAAAGUUUGGUUCGCUUCAAGAACAAGACUGUUUUCAGCAGUGUUGAGACCAGAGGCCAAGUGCUUCUCGAGCUGCCUACGAAGGAGAUCAUUCAAGUGGCGAGUGUUGAGUACGAAGCUGGAGUGUCUCACGGUAACCCAGUCAUUGAUUAUCUUGAGAGACGCGGAUCGUCGAUUGAGCAACCUGUCAACUUUGAGAACGUCAUUCCUCUGAGUGGCAAGACUCCUCUCCUUUUGAGGGCACCAGCUUCCAACGAGACUUAUGCUCGUGUUUCCGGGGAUUACAAUCCCAUUCACGUGUCGCGGGUCUUCUCAAGUUAUGCAAGCUUGCCUGGUACAAUCACUCAUGGAAUGUACUCGAGUGCCGCUGUUCGAAGUCUAGUCGAGACUUGGGCGGCAGAAAACAACGUAGGCCGUGUUCGAAGUUUCCAUGCCUCUCUCACCGGCAUGGUUCUUCCAAACGAUGACAUUGAAGUCAAGUUAACACAUGUUGGUAUGGUUGCUGGUCGCAAGAUCAUCAAGGUCGAAGCAAGCAAUAAGGAGACCGAGGACAAGGUCUUGAUUGGUGAGGCUGAGGUUGAACAGCCAGUUUCAGCAUACGUCUUCACUGGACAAGGCUCUCAGGAGCAAGGUAUGGGCAUGGAGCUCUAUGCCAGCAGCCCGGUGGCCAAAGAGGUUUGGGACAGAGCUGAUAAGCACUUCAUGGACAACUAUGGCUUCGCGAUCACGAACAUUGUCAAGAACAAUCCUAAGGAGUUGACCAUCUACUUUGGUGGACCUCGAGGAAAGGCCAUUCGUCAAAACUACAUGUCUAUGACUUUCGAGACUGUUGGUUCUGAUGGAGCCAUCAAGUCAGAGAAGAUUUUCAAGGAGAUCAAUGAACAUACAACGUCAUACACCUAUCGAUCACCAACUGGUCUACUUUCGGCGACACAGUUCACUCAGCCCGCCUUGACACUCAUGGAGAAGGCCAGUUUCGAGGACAUGCGUUCAAAGGGCCUUGUCCAGCGUGACAGCAGUUUCGCUGGACACUCACUCGGAGAAUACUCUGCCCUUGCCGCACUGGCUGACGUUAUGCCCAUUGAGAGUUUGGUUUCCGUUGUCUUCUACCGAGGGCUCACCAUGCAAGUCGCCGUCGAGCGUGAUGAGACCGGCCGAUCGAAUUAUUCCAUGUGUGCCGUCAACCCAAGCAGGAUCUCCAAGACCUUCAACGAGCAGGCUCUCCAAUACGUUGUUGAGAACAUUGCUGAGGAGACUGGAUGGCUGUUGGAAAUUGUCAACUACAACAUCGCCAACAUGCAAUACGUCUGCGCCGGUGACCUUCGUGCGCUGGACACCCUGACUGGUGUGACCAACUACCUCAAAGCUCAGAAGAUCGACAUUCAACAAUUAAUGCAGACUCUGUCGCUCGAGGAUGUCAAGGCUCAUCUUGUUGAAAUCAUUCAAGAGUGCGCCAAACAGACUGAGACUAAACCCAAGCCCCUUGAUCUUCAACGAGGCUUUGCUACCAUCCCGCUCAAGGGCAUUGAUGUGCCUUUCCAUUCGACCUUCUUGCGCUCAGGUGUCAAGCCCUUCCGUUCUUUCUUGCUCAAGAAAAUUAACAAGACCACCAUCGAUCCAAGCAAGCUGAUUGGGAAAUACAUCCCCAACGUCACUGCACGACCCUUCGAGUUGACCAAGGAGUACUUCGAGGAUGUCUACAGACUGACCAACUCACCGAAGAUUGGCGCGGUGUUGGCGAACUGGGACAAAUAUGAGGAGCCGUAUACCAACGGGGUUAAUGGUACAAAUGGUGUCAAUGGCAUGAAUGGCACGCAUGCGUAGUGGAAGUAGAUUCAUGUUGAGAGGGGCGUCUGGGAUCAUUUACAAAGAGAGCC